AUGUCAUGCAAGAACUUUUGAGCACACCACAAUUGAAAUCUUGCAUUCUCUAGUCAAUUCUCCAAUGUCAUGCAAAAACUUUUGAGCUCAACGUCGUGUGCUAAUCAUGUGCCUAUAUCUGUACCUCCAGCUGAGAGAAAGAGGCGUGCUGAAGAAGCUCAACAAUCUGCAACUGCUAAUGGUUCAACUGCUGACAAUAACAGAGGCCCUAGUUAUUUCCGCCCAACUAGUGGUGGUGGCGACCAAGAAACCAUUCCACCAAACAACAUACUGUUCAUUCAUAAUCUGCCGCAUGGAACCACAAGCAUGAUGUUGCAUGUCUUGUUCCAGCAGUACCCCGGGUUCAAGGAAGUCUGGAUGGUGGAAGCUAAGCCUGGCAUUGCAUUCGUUGAAUUUGAAGACGACGUCCAGUCAUCCAUGGCCAUGCAGGCACUUAAAGGGUUCAAAAUCACUCCUCAAAACCCAAUGGCCAUCAGUUUUGCCAAGAAGUAGUAGGGUUGCAUGUCUUCUACAUGUAAUUUGUGGAUUAAGGAGAGUCAUGCUAACAAAACCAGGCCUCCUGAAACCGAGUUAGAGUGAUGUAUCUGAUCAGGAUCAAUGUUAUUGCAGACCCACCAUCAAUAGAAUUUUAGCCAGUUC